AUGUUUCCCACGCCCAUUGGACCAGGGGGCUAUCUGCAGGGCUACCUCCGACCAGAGACAGCCCAGGGCAUCUUCUUGAACUACAAGUUCUGCUGCGAGCAGAAUGCCAACCGGUUGCCUUUCGGUGUGGCGCAGGUUGGAAAAGCUUUCCGGAACGAGAUCGCGCCUCGUGCAGGGCUGACCAGGCAGCGUGAGUUCACCCAGGCGGAGAUCGAGUUCUUCGUGAACCCGAAGGACAAGGAGCAUCCCAAGUUCGCAGGAGUCAAAGACCAGGUGCUGAAUCUCUUCCAUUCUGACAACCAACUAGCAGCGAAGGAUCCUGUACUCAUGACCAUCGGCGAGGCGGUUGCGAAGGGCAUUGUCAACAACGAGUUCCUCGGCUACAUAAUCUGCCGCACGUACCUCUUCCUGCUGAGUGUAGGAGUCAGCAAGGAGCACAUUCGGUUCCGCCAGCAUCUUCCCACAGAGAUGGCGCACUACGCCGCGGACUGCUGGGACGCCGAGAUCUACUGUUCUCUCGGGUGGCUGGAGUGCGUCGGCAUCGCUGACAGAUCUGCCUUCGAUCUGAAUGCGCACGCGAAGGCGUCCAAGAGCGAUCUGUCGUACAGGCAAACCCUCGACAAGCCCAUCGAGAUGGAGGUCUUUUCCAUCACGAAGAAGUCGGGCAUCGAGGUCAUGAAGGCCUUCAAGAAGGACGGGAAGGCGGUCAAGGAGUUUAUAGAGGCCAUGCCGCAGCCCGAGCUGGAGCAGCUCGCCGCGUGUCUUGAGCGCGGGCCUUCGGACGUGAACGUCAAUGGCCAGUCGUUCGAGCUUACCGCGGACCUGGUCAAGUUUGAAAAGAAGAAAGAGAAGGUCUCGGUGAACUCCUUCACGCCCGGCGUGAUCGAGCCCUCGUUUGGGAUCGACCGCAUCUUCACGGCCGUGCUGGAGCACAUCUACUACGCGCGGCCGAAGGAGGAGGACUCCGACGACAAGCAGACCCGCGGGGUCCUGGCCUUCGGAGCCAAGAUCGCGCCGUACAGGUGCGCCAUUCUGCCCCUGGACCAGCGGAUCUGCCGCCACGAUGGCUACACCUCUCUGAUGCGCGAUGUCCGAGCCCAGCUGGGUGCCCUGGGCCUCUCGUACACCAUCGACGAGAGCGGCGCCACGAUCGGCAAGAAGUACGCGAGGAACGACGAGCUGGGCAUCCCGUUUGGGAUCACCCUUGACCACACGACCAUGGAGGAUUUCGGACAACACGGUCACUAUGCGGGAGCGCGACACCAUGGCGCAGAUCAGGCUGCCGCUCGGAAAGGUGCCCCAGCUGGUGCGCGACCUGUGCGCUGGGGAGAGCACUUGGGAGGCGGCCACGAAGGCGUACCCCGCCCAGUGAGGCAGCGGCUGUGUCAUCGGCCGCGCGCCAUGGCUGCUGCUGGAGAUUAG